CUCUCUUGGAAAUACUACACAGGAGCUAGAAAGGAGCGCUUUCUGAAACACUGCAACUACUAAUGUGCACGGUUCAACAGGAGAGUUAACGGCAGCGCCGCGUUUCGGUGGAUUUCAGGCAUUUUGAAACAUCAAAGUUGGACAAAGUUUAAAGUAGCGUCGCCAGUUAUUGAAAUAAUAUUCGGAGUCGCGAGACCACUUGGAACUGUCAGUGUUUUAGGACUUUGAAGCUCGAGCAGGCUGACACGGUCUGUAUUUUAAGAUUUUCUUCAGAGGCUGUUCAACUAAAGUUUUCGCAUGAAUCUACUCGACCCCUACCUUAAGAUGACGGAUGAACAAGAUAAGUGUCUGUCCGACGCCCCAAGUCCGAGUAUGUCAGAAGACUCGGCGGGGUCACCGUGUCCGUCCGGAUCAGGCUCCGACACUGAGAACACCCGACCCGCGGAGAACAACGUUAUGGGUCCCGAGGGUCCCCUCGGCGAGUUCAAGAAAGACGAAGAUGACAAGUUCCCGGUGUGCAUCCGCGAGGCAGUGUCUCAGGUGCUCAAAGGUUACGACUGGACUCUCGUGCCCAUGCCGGUGCGCGUGAACGGCGCAAGCAAAAACAAGCCGCACGUGAAAAGACCGAUGAAUGCUUUCAUGGUGUGGGCACAGGCUGCCAGAAGAAAACUAGCGGACCAGUAUCCUCAUCUACACAACGCGGAGCUUAGUAAAACUUUGGGGAAACUCUGGAGACUGCUUAACGAUGUUGAGAAGCGUCCCUUCGUGGAGGAGGCGGAGCGCCUGCGGGUACAGCACAAAAAAGAUCACCCAGAUUACAAAUACCAGCCUCGGCGAAGAAAGUCGGUGAAGAACGGUCAGAAUGAUCCGGAAGAUGGCAGCGAGCAGACGCACAUCUCGCCCAACGCUAUAUUUAAAGCGUUGCAACAAGCGGAUUCUCCAGCGUCCAGCAUGGGAGAGGUACAUUCCCCCAGCGAACAGUCAGGCCAGUCCCAAGGUCCCCCAACUCCCCCCACCACCCCAAAAAUCGACAUUCAGCCUGGUAAAGUGGACCUGAAGCGCGAGGGCCGUCCCCUUCCAGGCGAGAGCGGUGGUCGUCAGCUCAACAUCGACUUCCGCGAUGUGGACAUCAGUGAGCUCAGCAGCGACGUCAUCUCCCACAUGGAGACGUUUGACGUGGCCGAAUUUGAUCAGUACCUGCCUCCCAAUGGGCACCCAGCCAGUGCGGCCUACACGAGCACCUACGGCCUGGGUACCACGGGCCAAGCACCGGCAGCGGCCACCAGCGGGCACAGCUGGAUGGCAAAGAGCCCAAGCGGGAGCCCCCAGGCAGGGCAGGCACCCCCGCAGCAUUCACUGACCCCGCUGGGUGGUGCGGGAGGGGGUGAGCAGGCACAGCAGAGGCCGGCACACAUCAAGACGGAGCAGCUGAGCCCGAGCCACUACAGUGAGCAGCAGGGAUCACCCCAGCACCCCACCUACGGCUCCUUCAGCCUGCAGCACUUCGCUGCCUCCCCCUUCCCCUCCAUCAGCCGGGCCCAGUACGACUAUGCUGACCAGCAGAGCAGCGCCACCUCCUACUACAGCCACGCUGCCAGCCAGGGAUCCGGCCUCUACUCCACCUUUAGCUACAUGAGUCCCAGCCAACGGCCCAUGUACACCCCCAUCACCGACUCAGCCGGGAUUCCCUCCAUUCCCCAGACGGAGCACAGCCCCCAGCACUGGGACCAGCAGCCUGUGUACACACAGCUCUCGAGACCCUGAGGACACGCCCACGCACACACCGCACGCGGGCAGCAACGAUUAUUUAACAAGGCUGAUGGCCCCGCAUCAAGACUCAUGCACACGUGCUCCAUCACUCUCUCUGCACAACAGUCAAUCGGGUUCUCAACCAAGGAAGUCGAAAGGAUAGCUGGACUUCAGAAAGAACCAAUGUAGUAACGGCUCACCACGUGCCUUUUUUUGUUUUGGUUUUCAAAAUUGCCUGACGCCAUGAUUAGAUAUAUAUUUUUAGCCUUGAUUACAAGAAAAGAUGAACAUUUUCUGAGAAAAAAUAAUCCUCUGUGAGGACUUAAUGAAUUAUUGUACUUUAGUAUGUACUGUGUAUGGUUUCCUACCAUGUUUGAACAACUCUAGAAGUUUGCUAACAGGAGGGAUUUUACUCUGUAGAAAAAUAUGGUCUAUUUUUUCUAAACCACUCUUUAUAGUCCCGUCUCAUCAUUCUGACAAUAUUUUUUGUAUCGGCCAUUAAGAUUUUUUCUUGCUCUAGUUUGUUGUAUUCGUGCAGUGUGCUAUAGGUUGAGGUUACUUUGAUUACAUCUAUUUAUGUUUCCUGUAAAACCUUUGCUAUCAUUACUUGGAUACCCAGGAAUCGAAAAUGUUAUGGAUUGUUUUCUUUUUCUUUUUUCUUUUGCAUUUUUGUAUGAAAUCCCUGCCUUGUGCACCAUUAGUGCCUGGUUGUGGGGGUGGGGUGGGGUUUGUGUAGUUGAGGCAGGCUUGUGUGUAGAAGAAUACAUCAGCAGCUGCAGUGGAGAAUCUACUCAGUGUCUGACAGGGCAGGAAGUGACCUUUGACCACAGGUUGUCAUUCUCAUCUGUGCACCCUCCUCACACCCCUUCUGUCCAGUCUUAACCCCUCUAAUUUAUUUAUUAGCAUUAAUUUUAUUUCAAAGGAAUUAUGUGCAUUGUAUUCAUUAAUACUUUAAACGACUAAGUAAUUGUUUUUGAAAGUCAGCCUCUGGGUUUUGUAUUGUAUAAUCCAAGUCGUUAAACCAGGGGGUGGUACUUAAUAUGGUACAGUUCCAUAAUCGUUAUGUUUAUUUAUCAUAUGUAGAUGUUUCUAUUUUAAUUUUUUCUUUUGUGCUAGCCAAAAUGCAUAUUGAUGAUGUCCUGUUACAAUUCCUAAUGUAAGGCUAAUAAACUGGAAAUAUUAGCUUUCUUUUGUCAGAAAGUUUUACAAAUCUCUUUGUAAAGUUGUAAAUGUUUUUCUUUGCUUGUCUUUGAUUGUAGAGUUACCAGUGUUUUUCAUCUAUCCUUUCCUGACAAUUUAUUUUGUUUCCAUGCCACAUAUCUCAGUACAGAUGUUACACCAUCUGAACAAUUCCUUUUUUCUUUCAGCAAAUUUAACAUAAUGUUCUUUAAAGAAUCUCAUCUUUUUUAUGAUAUUUGCAAUAAAAGAAAAAAUGUUUGAAACACAA